AUGAGUAACCAUAACGAAAAGGUAGAAGAUGAUGAAGAAGAAAACAAUGAGGACACAGAAAAAAAAUUACAGAGUAGUUUUUUUUUCUUUAAAAAACAGGAGAAGAAUGUAAACCGAAAAUCGGUAAAAAAUAUAAAAGAUAAUGAUAUAAAUUUUUAUGAAGACAAACCUAUUCUGGAUGAUAAAAUUAAUAAAGUUGAUUAUAUUAUUUUGAUUAUUCAUGGUAUAGGAUCAAAUGAAGAAUUAAUAAUAAAUCAAUGUGAAGAUUUGAAAAAUAGUUUUAAAAUUGUAAAAAAAAUGUGGUUUUUUGAUUAUCCUUUUAAUAUACAUUUUCAUAUAUUUAACUGGAAGAAGUACAUCAUCGAUGCACAAAUACAUGUUUUUAAUAGGAUAAAUAUUAAUACUAUGGCUGAAACCCGAAAAAUAAUAAACCUGUCCGCAGGAGAUAUUAUAUGUUUUUUACAUCCAAGAUAUGGUGAUUACAUAAUGUUAAAUUUAUAUAAUGAUAUAAAUAAAACAUUGGAAUCUUUAAAGAAUGAUUCUAGCGGUCGAUUUAAAUAUUCCAAAGUAUGUCUACUAGGUUAUUCAUUAGGUAGUGCAAUGGCAUAUGAAAUAUUACAUAACGUGAAAGUUAGAAUAAGUGAAAGUAAUUUAAAAUAUAAUUUGAAAAGUAAGAUACAUUAUUUAUUUAUGUUGGGUAGUCCUUUAAGUGCUUUAUUAUCUUUAUAUAAACCAGAAUAUAUAAAUGAUGGAUUAAAAUUAAAUCAUGGUUUAAAGUUUUAUAAUAUUUUUCAUGGAUUUGAUCCUGUGGCUUUUAGAAUUGAACCAUUAAUUUAUCCAAGAAUUAAAAAUAUUCCUGAACCUGUUCUUAUAAAUUAUUGGAGAAAUAAUGGAGCAAGAUAUUGGUUCGAAUGGGACAAAAAUAUGCAAAAUGCUAAACUAGCCAUUGUUCAAAAUUUGAAUGAUUUUACAUCUGCUAUUACUAACGGUUUUUAUAAAUUUCUUGGGAAAUCUGAAAAUAAUGAUGAAGAUCAAAGUACCCUAAAUAAAAAUAUUUGUUACAAUAAAUGUGAAAGUAAGGAUAUAAAUAUAUUCUUAUUAAAAGUUAAAGAAAAUCAACGAAAAAUUGCUUUACAAAAAAAAAAAAUACAUAGACUUAAGAAAAAAAAUAAUAGUACAUAUAAGGAGAAUGAUUCCGAAGAAAAUAAUAUUCAAAAAAAAAUUGAUAACACUAUUCAUCAUAAUAUAAAUGAUAAUAACAUAUGUAAUAAUCAUCUUAAUGAUAUUUCUUACAACGAUGAAGAGAGUCAAGAUACCCAUUGUGAUCAAGAAAAAUACAAAUCAAAAUAUAAUCAUCAUAAUGAAGAAAAAAAGGAAGGGUCAUAUUAUUAUAAAGAAGAAAAUUCUAGCUAUAUUGAUAGUACUAAAAGUAUUUGUGCAUCACAAGAUUCAAAUAGCGAAUAUUCUUUUUUUGAUCAUGAAAUUAGUGAUAAUUCGAAUAAUCUAUAUGAAGAAGAUACAAGAAAUUAUGAUGAACAUAAUAAUAAAAGAGAAUCCAUAUGUAACUCUAAUAACAUGAAUGAUACUUUAAAUGUUAGAUAUGAUUAUCAAUUACAAGAAUUCAUUAUGGAACAUUAUAUAUAUCCUUUAGCUGUUGCUAAAUCACAUUUCAAUUAUUUUAUAAUUAAAGAUAUCUCCUUUUUUAUUUUAAGAGAAUUAAUAGAUCAUAAAAAUAUAUCACUAAGCUAUGAAGAAUAUCUAACAAAAAUUGAAAAGGAAUAUAAUAGCAAAGCCUUAAAUGAAAAAGAUAAUACAAAAAAAGAAAAGUAUUUCAACAUUGCUAUAAAGGCUACUAAAACGUUAGAAGAAUUUAAAAAGUAUGAAAAAAAUAUUCAAGCUAUAUCUGAUCCAUUUAAUAUGAAAAAUUUUAAAAAUUUAAUAUAA